AUGGAGUCGCAUGGCAAAGAGGAACUCAAGGGACCGGUGUUGCAUAUCGUGGUGGUCGGAUUUCACCACAAGAAAGGCUGUCAGGUACGUCAAGCUCGGGUGGCAUGCUAACUAGCUCCUUGCUCCAGUUUUUUAGUAGCAGAGAAUGCACUGGAGAGUUGCUCCUACUAGGCUACACAACAUGUCGAGCAUUGGUUAAUGCCUGAGUGAGGGUGCGAGUGAAUUGGGUAUUUAACUAAUCAGCAACAACAACCCACCCAGGGACCUUUCCUGUUCUGUUCUACCGACCAGUGGUUGACAGACACACACUGCUGCUUGGAAGGAAGUCAUUGAUCAUUUGUUGCGUAUGAAAGAGCACAGAUGAGGCAGACCAGGGGGGUAUUUUUAACACAGCAUCUUCUUUACAUAACUAACACAGUUGUAAACAAUCAGAGACCACCUUGUUGCUUUUCCUAGAAUUCAUGGUAGUGCAUGGAGAAGUCAUGCUAGGUUGUGAUUAAAGCCUAACUAGCUGGAUUUAUAUGGGCCCAGAGGCACACUGAUAACAGGGUUAUGUAAGAUAAAGUAUGAUGCCUGUGCACCAUUAAUCAACUGCAAUCAAUGUCAGUUACUGAAAUGUUAUAAUAAGUAGGCCUAUGUGCUUCCAUGCAUUAAUUUGCUCUUUUAACUGACAUGAGAUUUCAUCUGAGAUCUUGUCUCGUAGCUCAUUUCCUCACUCUUGGCCAGAGAUUUGUAUUUCAACCUGCCAAUGUUUGCACUAAUUGACUCUACUCCCUCAGUUCUGUGACUGUGUUAAAGAACAUACAUUGAAGUAGGAAGUUUACAUACACUUAGGUUGGAGUCAUUAAAACUCGUUUUUCAACCACUCCACAAAUUUCUUGUUAAAAACUAUCGUUUUGGCAAGUCGGUUAGGACAUCUACUUUGUGAUUGACACAAGUAAUUUUUCCAACAAUUGUUUACAGACAGAUUAUUUCACUUAUAAUUCACUGUAUCACAAUUCCAGUGGGUCAGAAGUUUACAUACACUAAGUUGACUGUGCCUUUAAACAGCUUGGAAAAUUCCAGAAAAUGAUGUCAUGGCCUUAGAAGCUUCUGAUAGGCUAAUUGACAUCAUUUGAGUCAAUUGGAGGUGUACCUGUGGAUGUAUUUCAAGGCCUACCUUCAAACUCAGUGCCUCUUUGCUUGACAUCAUGGGAAAAUCAAAAGAAAUCAGCCAAGACCUCAGAAAAAAAAUGGUAGACCUCCACAAGUCUGGUUAAUCCUUGGGAGUUAUUUCCAAACGCCUGAAGGUACCACGUUCAUCUGUACAAACAAUAGUACGCAAGUAUAAACACCAUGGGACCAUGCAGCUGUUAUACUGUUCAGGAAGGAGACACAUUCUGUCUCCUAGAGAUGAAUGUACUUUGGUGCGAAAAGUGCAAAUCAAUCCCAGAACAACAGCAAAGGACCUUGUGAAGAUGCUGGAGGAAACGGGUACAAAAGUAUCUAUAUCCACAGUAAAACAUUUACAUUUACGUCAUUUAGCAGACGCUCUUAACCAGAGCAACUUACAAAUUGGUGUAUUCCAAGAUGGCAUAGCAGUGCGGUCGUGUUUUCUGUAGUGUCCUUUAUGUAAAUAGCCAGUUUUUUGUUUUUUGUCUUUUUCGUAUAUAUUUUUCAAUCUCACUUUCCAUCCUUUAACUAAAUAUACUUUCCUGCAACCCGCCUCACCCAAUGUGGAACGGAUUCUGUUGUUUCUUCAUACAUUUUUAUCCAGAACCUCUGGCUGAAACUAGCCAGCUAGCCAGCUAACUAGCUACUUGCUAUUAGCCACCGUUUAGCGGUCUUCACCAUUGUCCGUGGCCGUGGUCUGCACUACAUACCAGCCAGCCAGGUCUAGCCUGGACUAUUAUUCGGCCAGUCUGCACUGUCUGCACAGCGCGUUAUCGACCCUGAACAUAUCGUAUUUUCUGCUGGAAUCACUGAACCAUUAGCUAGCUGCAACCAAAUGGACGUUUUGUGGUUGGCUAAUCAGCCCUGAGUUAGCCUUGAGCCAGGCCCAUCUCCCGGCUAUCUACCUCCUUGUCAACCGGACGGGACCUCCUAGUGUCGACACGGAGCCCCGCCGAUCCAACACGACUCUUCUGUCGACGAAAUCGUCUGAUGUGGUAACAACAGGCUUCCCGUUACGACGUCGACCACGAAGAUCCAUCUGCUAGCCCCGGCCCGCUAGCACACGCUAGCCGUGGCCUCUUGCUAGCUAGUGCUGUAGCAGCCCCCGAACUACCUCCGAACUCUCCUAUUGCUGUUCACCGGACCUUAUGAUAACUCCGCUAUACAGCUGAUGCCUGCUGGACUGUUCCAUUUUACGGUACCGCAUCCUGUUUAUGUUUAGCCUCAGCCCAAACUUUGUCGCCAUUACCAGCUGUUGUCUUAGCUCUCUCGAAUUACACCUGUGAUUGCUUUAUGCCUCUCUCCCAUGUCAAUAUGCCUUGCUUAUUGCUGUUUCACUUAUUUGUUAUUGUACUAUUUCACUGUAGAUCCCCCAGCCCAGCUAAACCGGCCUUAGAUAGCUCUUUUGUCCCACCCCCCCAUACACGCGGAGACCGACUCAAUCGGUGCCUCCAGUGAUGCUAUCUCCUUCAUCGUUACCCAACGCUUAGGUUUACCUCCACUGUACUCCUAUCCCUCCAUAUCCUUUUCUGUACAUAAUGCCCUGAAUCUAUUCUACAACGCCCGAAAACCUGCCCCUUUUUUUCUCUGUACCCAACGCACUAGAAGACCAGUACUUAAAGCCUUUAGCCAUAUCCUUAUUCUACUCCUCCUCUGGUGAUGUAGAGGUUAACCCAGGCCCUGUAGCCCCCAGUAUCACACCUACUCCCCAGGCGUUAUCAUUUGUUCACUUCUGUAAUCGUAAAAGCCUUGGUUUCUUGCACGUUUAAUAUCCGAAGCCUCCUUCCUAAGUUUGAGUUAUUCACUGCGCUAGCACACUCCGCCAACCCUGAUGUUCUAGCAAUGUCUGAAUCCUGGCUUAGGAAGGCCACCAAAAAUUCAGAAAUGUCCAUCCCCAACUACAACAUUUUCCGUCUCGAUAGAACUGCCAAAGGGGGUGGGGUUGCAAGCUACUGUAGAGAGCCUGCAGAGCUCUAUCGUACUAUCCAGGUCUGUGCCCAAACAGUUUGAGCUUCUACUGCUAAAAAUCCACCUUUCCAGAAAUGUCUCUCACUGUUGCCGCUUGCUACAGACCCCCCUCAGCCCGAGCUGUGCCCUGGACACCAUAUGUGAACUGAUUGCCCCCCAUCUAUCCUCAGAGUUCAUACUGCUUGGUGACCUAAACUGGCCCCAGCCAACCUACAAUCUAAACUAGAUGCCCUCAAUCUCACACAAAUGAUCAACGAACCUACCAGGUACAACCCUAAAUCUGUAAACAUGGGCACCCUUAUAGAUAUCAUCCUGACAAAUUUACCCUCUAAAUACACCUCCGCUGUCUUCAACCAGGAUCUCAGCGAUCACUACCUUAUUGCCUGCGUCUGUAAUGGGUCCGCGAUCAAACGACCACCCCUCAUCACUGUCAAACGCUCCCUAAAACACUUUAGCGACCAGGCCUUUCUAAUUGACCUGGCCCGGGUAUCCUGGAUGGAUAUUGACCUCAUUCCGUCAGUAGAGGAUGCCUGGAUGUUCUUAAAAAGUGCUUUCCUCUGCAUCUUAAAUAAGCAUGCCCCAUUCAAAAAAUUCAGAACUAAGAACAGAUAUAGCCCCUGGUUCUCCUCAGACUUGACUGCCCUUGACCAGCACAAAAACAUCCUGUGGCGUACUGCAUUAGCAUCGAACAGCCCCCGCGAUAUGCAACUUUUUAGGGAUGUCAGGAACCAAUAUACACAAUCAGUUAGGAAAGCAAAGGCUAGCUUUUUCAAACAGAAAUUUGCAUCCUGUAGCACUAACUCCAAAAAGUUUUGGGACACUGUAAAGUCCAUGGAAAAUAAGAGCACCUCCUCCCAACUGCCCACUGCACUGAGGCUAGGAAACACUGUCACCACCGAUAAAUCUACAAUAAUCGAGAAUUUCAACAACCAUUUUGCUACGGCUGGCCAUGCUUUCCACCUGGCUACCACUACCCCGGACACCAGCUCUGCACCCUCCGCUGCAAUUUGCCCAUGCCCCGCCCGCUUCUCCUUCAUACAAAUUCAGACUGCUGAUGUUCUGAAAGAGCUAAAAAAUCUGGACCCCUACAAAUCAGCUGGGCUAGACAAUCUGGACCCUUUCUUUCUAAAAUUAGCUGCCGAAAUUGUCGCAACCCCUAUUACUCUCUUUUGUAACGUCUGAGAUCCCCAGAGAUUGGAAAGCUGUCGCGGUCAUCCCCCUCUUCAAAGGGGGUGACCCUCUAGAUCCUAACUGUUAUAGACCUAUUUCCAUCCUGCCCUGCCUUUCGAAAGUAUUUGAGCCAAGUUAACAAACAGAUCACCGACCAUUUCGAAUCCCACCGUACCUUCUCCGCUAUGCAAUCUGGUUUCCGAGCUGGUCAUGGGUGCACCUCAGCCACGCUCAAGGUCCUAAACAAUAUUAUAAACGCGAUCGAUAAAAGACAGUACUGUGCAGCCGUCUUCAUCGACCUGGCCAAGGCUUUCGACUCUGUCAACAAACCGCAUUCUUAUUGGCAGAUUGCAUAGCGGAGAAGGUACGGUGGGAUUCGAAAUGGUAGGUGAUCUCUAAUGACUGCCUCGCCUGGUUCACCAACUACUUCUCAGAUAGAGUUCAAUGUGUCAAAUCGGAGGGCCUGUUGUCUGGACCUCUGGCCGUCUCUAUGGGCAUGCCACAGGGUUCAAUUCUCAGGCCGACUCUAUUCUCUGUGUAUAUCAAUGAUGUCGCUCUUGCUGCUGGUGACGCUCGGAUCCACCUCUAUGCGGACGACACCAUUUUGUAUACAUCUGGCCCUUCAUUGGACACUGUGUUAACAAACCUCCAAAUGAGCUUCAAUGCCAUACAACACUCCUUCCGUAGCCUCCAACUGCUCUUAAACACUAGUAAAACUAAAUGCAUGCUCUUCAACCGAACGCUGCUUGCACCCGCCCACCCGACUAGAAUCACUACUCUCGGCGGGUCUGACCUAGAGUAUGUGGACAACUACAAAUACCUAGGUGUCUGGUUAGACUGUAAACUCUCAUUCCAGACUCACAUUAAGCAUCUCCAAUCCAGUGAAAUCUAGAAUCGGCUUCCUAUUUCGCAACAAAGCCUCCUUCACUCAUGCUGCCAAACAUGCCCUCGUAAAACUGACUAUCCUACCGAUCCUUGACUUCGGCGAUGUCAUUUACAAAGUAGCUUCCAACACUCUACUCAGCAAAUUGGAUGUAGUCUAUCACAGUGCCAUCCGUUUUGUCACCAAAGCCCCAUAUACUACCCACCAUUGUGACCUGUACGCUCUUGUUGGCUGGCCCUCACUACAUAUUCGUCGCCAAUCCCACUGGCUCCAGGUCAUCUAUAAAUCACUGCUAGGCAAAUCCCUGUCUUAUCUUAACUCACUGGUCACCAUAGCAACACCCACCCGUAGUCUGUGCUCCAGCAGGUAUAUCUCACUGGUCAUCCCCAAAGCCAACACCUCCUUUGGCCGCCAUUCCUUCCUGUUCUCUGCUGCCAAUGACUGGAACGAACUGCAAAAAUCUCUGAAGCUGGAGACUCUUAUCUCCCUCACUAACUUUAAGCAUCAGUUGUCAGAGCAGCUUACCGAUCACUGCACCUGUACACAGCCUUUCUGAAAUUAGCCCACCCAACUACCUCAUCCCCAUAUUGUUAUUUAUUUUGCUGAUUUGCACCCCAGUAUCUCUAUUUGCACAUCUAUCAUUCCAGUAUUAUACGAAAUUUUAACUAUUUUGCACUAUGGCCUAUUUAUUGCCUUACCUCCAUAACUUACUACAUUCGCACACACUGUAUAUAUAUUUUCUGUUGUAUUUUUGACUUUGUUUUGUUUUACCCCAUAUGUAACUCUGUUUUUGUUGUUUUUAUCGCACUGCUUUGCUUUAUCUUGGCCAGGUCGCAGUUGUAAAUGAGAACUUGUUCUCAACUGGCUUACAUGGUUAAAUAAAGGUGGAAAAAAAGAACAAAAAAAAUAAUAAUUCAACUUAUGAUAGCCAGUGGGACAACCACUUUUUUUCUUUAUGGGGGAGUGGGGGAGGGGGGGGUAGAAGGAUUACUUUUAUACUAUUCCAGGUAUUCCUUAAAGAGGUAGGGUUUCAAGUGUCUCCGGAAGGUGGUCAGUGACUCCGCUGUCCUGGCGUUGUGGGGGAGCUUGUUCCACCAUUGGGGUGCCAGAGCAGCGGAUAGCUUUGACUGGGCUGAGCGGGAACUGUGCUUCCGUAGAGGUAGGGGGGCUAGCAGGCCAGAGGUGGAUGAACGUAGUGCCCUCGUUUGGGUGUAGGGUCUGGUCAGAGCCUGAAAGUAAGGAGGUGCGGUUCCCCUCACAGCUCCGUAGGCAAGCACCAUGGUCUUGUAGUAGAGGCGAGCCUCAACUGGAAGCCAGUUGAGUGUGCGGAGGAGCGAGGUGACAUGAGGGAACUUGGGAAGGUUGAACACCAGACGGGCUACAGCGUUCUGGAUAAGUUGUUGGGGUUUAAUGGCACAGGCAGGGAGCCCAGCCAACAGCGAGUUGCAGUAAUCCAGACGGGAGAUGACAAGUGCCUGGAUUAGGACCUGUGCCGCUUUCUGUGUAAGAUAGGGUCGUACUCUGCGAAUGUUGUAGAGCAUGAACCUGCAGGAUCGGGUCACCGCUUUGAUGUUAGCGGAGAACGACAGGGUGUUGUCCAGGGUCACGCCAAGAUUCUUUGCACUCUGGGAGGAGGACACAAUGGAGUUGUCAACCGUGAUGGCGAGAUCAUGGAGCGGGCAGUCCUUCCCCGGGAGGAAGAGCAGCUCCUUCUUGCCGAGGUUCAGCUUGUGGUGGUGAUCUGACAUCCACACUGAUAUGUCUGCCAGACAUGCAGAUUCAACACCUGGUUAUCAGAAGGGGGAAAGGAGAAAAUUAAUUGUGUCGUCUGCGUAGCAGUCCUAUAUCGACAUAACCUGAAAGGCCACUCAGCAAGGAAGAAGCCACUGCUCCAAAACCGCCAUAAAAAAGCCAGACUACGGUUUGCAACUGCACAUGCGGACAACGAUCAUACUUUUUGGAGAAAUGUCCUCUGGUCUGAUGAAACAAAAAUAUAACUAUUUGGCCAUAAUGACCAUCGUUAUGUUUGGAGGAAAAAGGGGGUAGUUGCAAGCCGAAGAACACCAUCCCAACCGUGAAGCACGUGGGUGGCAGCAUGAUGCUGUGGGGGUGCUUUGCUGCAGGAGGGAAUGGUGCACUUCACAAAAUAGAUGACGACAUGAGGAAGGAAAAUUAUGUGGAUAUAUUGAAGCAACAUCUCAAGACAUCAGUCAGGAAGUUAAACUUGGUCGCAAAUGGGUCUUCCAAAUGGACAAUGACCCCAUGCAUACUUCAAGGUCAAGGUAUUGGAGUGGCCAUCUCAAAGCCCUGACCUCAAUCCUAUAGAACAUUUGUGGGCAGAACUGAAAAAGCCUAAAGGAGGCCUACAAACCUGACUCAGUUACACCAGCUCUGUCAGGAGGAAUGGGCCAAAAUUCACCCAACUUAUUGUGGGAAGCUUGUGGAAGGCUACCCGAAACGUUUGACCCAAGUUAAACAAUUUAAAGGCAAUGCUACCAAAUACUAAUUGAGUGUAUGUAAACUUCUGACCCACUGGGAAUGUAAUGAAAGAAAUAAAAGCUGAAAUAAAUCAUUCUCUCUACUAUUAUUCUGACAUUUCACAUUCUUAAAAUAAAGUGGUGAUCCUAACUGACCUAAGACAGGGAAGUUUUACUUGGAUUAAAUGUCAGGAAUUGUGAAAAACUGAGUUUAAAUGUAUUUGGCUAAGGUGUAUGUAAACUUCUGACUUCAACUGUAUUAGUGGCAAAUCCAAAGAGAUAUCCACAGUCACAGCCUGCAAUGUUGUUGUCACUGUGAUUUUGUUUUUUAGGGAUUAGGAUAAAGCUUAGAGAGUCCUUGACAAAUGAAGGAGCGCUUGACAGACACGCUGCAUAUAAUGUCCACAACAAGGUCUAAAGGCAGUGUUUACACCUGGUUAGUAACCUAGUGAAAGGUUGUGUGUGAAAUUAACAGGGACAAGAAGAUUAGUGCAGUAAACUUGAGAUAUUAUCUAUAGAGCUUCUGAAGAGGAGGGACUAUCCCUCCAGAGGUACACGAGGACAGUAGUCCCCCAUAAAGAAUGGAUGGGGAGAUUUACUGCACAUGUUUUCAACAAACACAAUUUGCCCACAGGCCUUGCUGUAUGUGUGCGAGUUAUACUCAAUAGCUCCUGCUCAAUAAAGUAGCCUAGCAUACUGCACGCACAGAAGUUUUUAUAAAAAAACAUAGAAAAUCCUAGGCUACGACUUGUUCUGCAUUGCAGCCACAGAUUGGACAAAAUAUUAUUAUUAAUCAAUUUGUAUUAGGCUCUGUCAGUUUCUGUUCCGAUAACGCCAUCUUAGCCAUUUCUAAGUAAUUUCGAAGUACCACAGAGCCAACAGCCUGCUGCAAGAAGUCCAACAAGAAGGCGACGACCACUUUGUGUUUGUUUCUUUGUUACUGGCUGCUCUCUACCUGCUGCCUGCCCCUUUGUCCUGAAGAAAGUCUGCCUGUUUCAGAGCUCUCGGAGACUCAGCUGCUGCUCAUCCUGACAGACCGAUAAAAGUGGGUUAUGUGUGCAUGUCUGCGUGACAAACAGGCCCAAACCCUCCCCCUCCCCCUUGUGACCACCACCACCAAACAGGCCCAAACCCUCCCCCUCCCCCUUGUGACCACCACCACCAAACAGGCCCAAACCCUCCCCCUCCCCCUUGUGACCACCAAACAGGCCCAAACCCUCCCCCUCCCCUUCGUGACCACCAAACCUGUGCACAACAGGACAGACCAGACAGGACAGAGGGUUUUCUUUGUCAGGUAAUAGCCUAGGUUCUCACUAGAGGUAGGCUGCAUCUCAAAUUGCACUCUAUUCCCUUUUAUAGUGCAUUAUUUUUGACCAGAGUCCUAAGGGCCCUUGUCAAAUGUAGUGCACUAUAUAGGGAGUAUGGUGGCAUUUGGGACACAGACAGGGAAGUGGAGUGGUAUUGUCUGUUACCUGAUAGGAGACCGACUGGGUAUCACUAGAUUAGGUUCUUGUCUUUCUGGCGGGAGGGCCUCGCUCUCUACUUAUCCCUCUCUUGCUCUUUCUCUCUCUCAAUUCAAUUCAAUGGAGCUUUAUUGGCAUGGGAAACAUAUGUUUACAUUGCCAAAGAAAGUGAAAUAAACAAAAGGGUAGAAGAAACAAAAACAUCUCUCUCUCUCUCUCUCUAUGGGACCUGGGUAAAAGUAGUGCACUAUAUAGGGUGUAGGUGCCAUUUGGGAUGAAUCCUCAGUGUGGGGUAUUUUAGAGCCUCACUCCCCCUCCCCUCAGAACUGCAGUUAGGGAGAGAGAGACCUCUCUGUGGGGGUAGUUGGGUGGGUCUUCACCUGUCCACCUGGUGUGUCCUACACCUCACCUGUCCACCUGGUGUGUCCUACACCUCACCUGUCCACCUGGUGUGUCCUACACCUCACCUGUCCACCUGGUGUGUCCUACACCUCACCUGUCCACCUGGUGUGUCCUACACCUCACCUGUCCACCUGUGCUUUCAUGGCUCUAGAGCCUAGAUGACACCUGUCUGUCACGUGACUGGCUCCGUCAAUAGAGGGAUUCAUGACUGGUGUAGGGACUGGGGAGGGGACAUGGAUAUGGUGCUAAGGAGAGUGAGAGCUCUCUGGUUUCUAUUGUUCCAUUAUCAAAAGGAGUGCACUACAUAGGGAAUAGGGUGCUGUUUGGGACGUACUCCCAGUUAUUUUAUUGCCUUUACUGAACUGCAAAAAUAUAGCCCUACAGUUUCACAAUUGCAACAAAUCAUCCUGGACUUUUGAUUUGCACAGCACCAAUGGCAUAUUUCCUUAGCAAAUGUAGACUUUAUAAAUUAGCAAUUGCAUAAUAAUUGCAUAUCACAUAUGAUGUACUAUUUGCCAAGGUUGUGGUUAUUUGGCCUUUUCCUCUACAGGCGUCUUGUUUAACUAGUUUAUGAACAGCUGAUAACAAACAGGACCUUGAACAUGUUCCGUACAAUAUCCAGAGGCUGCUGUGACUCAUAGUCACAUAAUGAUGAGUGUGAAUAGCCCUCUUCAUCUGGGCUACUGUUGUUAUGCAUAUUGUCCUUACUGUACACUCUCGCAUGCUAUCUUCAGUGUAUGAGCUAUUACUUUCCCUAACAAAUUGAGAGCCUCAUUUUCUAAUUGUGUGCAUUUGACCUAUUUGCUUUUAGUUGAGUCAUUUUAUUCCCUGGCCUAUGCUAAGUCAAUCUGGUCCAUGCCUAAGAUAGCUAGCAUUUUAGUUUUGUGGGUUCGUUUCUCUCUCUCUUCUCAGGUGGAAUACUCCUACCCUCCACUCAUCCCAGAGGAGGGCCAUGACAGCAACAACCUGCCUGAGGAGUGGAAAUACCUGCCUUUCCUGGCCCUGCCUGACGGGGCACACAACUACCAAGAAGGUACAUUGACCCCUAACCCCAACUUUGACCCUAACCUUAACCCUGCCUGACGGGGCACACAACUAUCAAGAAGAUACAUAGAGGUUGCGUCCCAAAUGGCACUCUAUUCCCUUUAUAGUGCACUACUUUUGACCAGGGCCCAUAGGGCUGUCAUAGGGUGCAAUUUGGGACGCACCCAGUCACUUUUGCCUCUUUUCUUUCUCAUCUCUCCCAUGUGUAAUUACACUGCUACUGAUAGUUUUAAUAAAAUGUCAGGUGAAACAUUCAACCCCUCUCUUUGCCCCUGCAUGACUGUGUUCUCAGCCAACUUACCUGGUAAAUUGAUAGUUAAAUAAAUUAAGUAAAAAUCAUCUCUGCUGAUGAGUCACCAUUACCUCAGUGAAAAAAUGGACUACAUCUCUGUCAUCAUGUUUGGCUUCGGCCUAAAUAGGCCACUGCUCAUGUUAGAGUGCAGAAUCACCAGGAAUGCUGGAAAUGAUAUUUUAAGCUAGUUAUAGUGCAUUCGGAAAGUAUUCAGACCCCUUGACUUUUUCAACAUUUUGUUACGUUACAACCUUAUUCUAAAAUGGAUUAAAUACCAUUUUUCCUCAUCAAUCUACACACAAUACCCCAUACUGAUAAAGCGAAAACAGGUUUUUAGAUAUUUUUGCAAAUCUAUUAAUGAUAAAAAACAGUCUCCUAGAGGAGUGGCUUCUGUCUGGGCACUCUACCAUAAAGGCCUGAUUGGUGGAGUGCUGCAGAGAUUGUUGUCCUUCUGGAAGGUUCUCAUAUCUCCACAGAGGAACUCUAGAGCUCUGUCAGAGUGACCAUCAGGUUCUUGGUCACCUCCCUGACCAAUGCCCUUCUCCCCCGAUUGCUCAGCUUGGACAGGCGGCCAACUCUAGGAAGAGUCUUGGGGGUUCCAAACUUCUUCCAUUUAAGAAUGAUGGAGGCCACUGUGUUCUUGGGGACCUUCAAUGCUGCAGAUAUUUUUUGGUACCCUUCCCCAGAUCUGUGCCUCGACACAAUCCUGUCUCGGAGCUCUACGGACAAUUCCUUCGACCUCAUGGCUUGGUUUUUUCUCUGACAUGCACUGUCAACUGUGGGACCUUAUAUAGACAAGUGUAUGCCUUUCCAAAUCAUGUCCAAUCAAUUAAAUUUACCACAGGUGGACUCCAAUCAAGUUGUAGAAAUAUCUCAAGGAUGAUCAAUGGAAACAGGAUGCACCUGAGCUCAAUUUCUAGUCUCAUAGAAAAGGGGCAGAAUACAUAUGUAAGUAAGGUAUCUCUGUUUUCUAUUAUUAAUAGAUCUGCAAAAAUAUCUAAAAACCUGUUUUCGCUUUAUCAGUAUGGGGUAUUGUGUGUAGAUUGAUGAGGAAAAAUGGUAUUAAUCCAUUUUAGAAUAAGGUUGUAACGUAACAAAAUGUUGAAAAAGUGAAGGGGUCUGAAUACUUUCCGAAGGCUGCCGUGCAGUGUAUCUGUGAUAGUGUUGCUCUGCUGGGUAGUGUUGCCCUAAGGCCCUCCAUCUUGUCAAAGCCUCCUUCUGUUCAUAAUGUCACUGAGGCCAACAGGCCGGCUCGUUAGUUAGCAUUCAUCAUGUGAUGUGAUUUUCCUUUGGUCUGCUGGCCUGCCUGGCUUGUGUUGUUGAGCUGGGAAAGAGAGGGAGAGAGGGAGUGGACUUGGUUCACAGUAUUUUUUUGGAACACGCCUAUUUCUUUCUAGUGGAAAUGUAGAGGUUAGGCCUAGGUCUAGUUAGCUGAGAAAGCUGAACAAUAUUAAAGCAACUUCUACUUUUGAAAACAUCCUAUGUGGCAUCGAUAUGAGUCAGAAACAUUUAUAGUGCCAAAAUUGACUACAAAGUGUAAAUAGGAUAAUUCUGGUCUUAAAGUCACUUGAAAAAAUGUAAUGUCACAGAAUGAAGGGAACCGUAACCGUUUCCUUAGGUUGGGUUUAUUUAAAUCAUGCCCACAUGCCCACAGCUGGCAGCACCCAAGUAGUCAUCAAUUCGGAGUGCAGCUGCCCAGGACCCGAUCUUAAUGCCCAUGGUCAAUUUGGUUUGACAUUCAAUAUCCCUAUGAGGCUAGUUGGGGACCAUCGAUAAAUUACACAAUGUACAUGGGACAAUAUUUUUAAAUGUCAAUAGCUCAAAUUUCAAUGACUUAAAAACCUCAAACCAACUAUAAAUUGUAGAAAUUCAUCUACAAAUAUUGAAAACAUAUAAUGAGACAACUAAAAGGUGUGCAACAUGAAAAUAUUGUCCCAUUUACAUUGUGUAAUUUAUUGACGGUCCCUAACUAGCCCCACAUAUCGGCUAUCCAAAGUCAAACCAAUUUUGCCACAAGGUGCACACCUGCUGACUGAAGCUAAUUGAAAAAAGAAGUUGGCUAGCUAGUCUAAGCUACUUCCUGACACAAUACCUGGUUAGACUGUUUCAAGUCAUCUAGAAGGAUGAGUGACUGUAACUGUGUACUAUUUUGGCAGAACGCUUCCCACGUUCGAACACACACACACACAAGAGACAUCCACAUCAAAGCACACCUCCAAAACCCAAAAAUCUCGUUCUCAGUCGCAUUUCCUAAUGAAGAGAAUAUAAACCUAGGCUAACUCAGGAAGUUCAGCCCCCCUUUAAGAGAUUGUGUUAUAGGCAUAGAAUUAGAAUCUCAUUCUUGUUCUGUGAUUGUAGGCCUACAUACAGCUAUAGAAGAAGACUGAGUAUUAGCCUAACUACACUCCGAUAUUUUUCAGUCUGUGAUUAUACAAUUUCUGAACAAGUCCUCAGCUAUUCCAUAUUUCACACUGUAGGCCAAGUGUGUGUGUUUGUUCACCGGCUGCUUGCUUGAUAGAUGCAAAUAAACCCUCUGUGACGCAGUAGAUUUUAUUACGGAGCGAUUCUGCUGCAGUGCAGUCAGGCUAUAAAAGCAACAGCAUCAACAACACGAGACAGACUCAUGCAUGGGAUGGCAGAGUUCAUGGGAGUAGAGCAGAGCAGAGCAUAGUGCUACUUGGGAGCGAAAGGCACAAGGCAGUACAGCUGUGGCCCAUCCUGACUGCUUGGCCCUGCCUGGCCCUGCCUACUUAAUCACUCACUGGCCUUGUAGAGAUGUGAUGUGUCCUUGGUUGCUGCUGUGUUCCAGUAGCUAUCAGAGUCAGCCUUAACAACAUUAGAAAACCACUCCCUCAUCAUCAUGGCCAUUGGUCCAGAGUCGACCCGACCUUCUCUCAUCAAAUCGAAUGAAUUGCUCCUUGUAUCCACGUAAUAUCCACAGUACAUUUACAUUUUAGUCAUUUAGCAGACGCUCUUAUCCAGAGCGACUUCCAGUUAGUGAGUGCAUACCUUUCCCCCAUACAGUAGACAAGGACAACCGAUUCCUCCUUUUUAUGUUGUCCUCUUGAUGCUCUUAUUCGCUUUAUGUAACUGUCAAGUGCUUGGAACCUCAUCAGUUUAUUGAAGAAGUCACAGAUAUUUCAGUUAUAUUUUAUUUCCACAACAGAUGUUCAGUCUACUGUGUAAUUUUAAUUUGCCAAUGCAGAAAUUAUUGUUGCAUUCUUGAUUGGCUAAUUUAACAAUCAACCUAAUUAAAUACAGAGGACAGUAAUGGUCCAGAGAUGUUUGUAGGAAAAACAUCCACAUAUCACAGUUAUUGCAAGAAGAUCCUUCUUUGAAAUAGCCACUAAUGAUGUGAUUGAUGUUGAUGUUUUGUUUUGCAGACACUGUGUACUUUCACCUCCCUCCUUUCAGUGGAGCAGAUAUGAAAUGCGUGUACGGAGUCUCCUGCUAUCGCCAAAUAGAAGCUAAGGUUGGUUCCCCCUCAUGGCACUUGAAUAUUUGUGUCUAUUGAAUAUUUGUGUCUUCUGCUACUUUACAGAAAAUAAAGCAGAGUAGUCUCUUCUUUUCUCUGUGGUUAUGUUUGCUGACUGUUUGCUGACUGUUUGCUGACGUGUCAUUAGGUGUAGGCCUCAAAAUGUUGGUUGUUUUUCAUUUUCAGUCCCUGAAGGUCCGACUGGCUGACGUCACCAGGGAGACGGUCCAGAAGAGCGUGUGUGUCCUCAGUCAAGUGGUGAGUGUGUGUGUGAGGGGGAGGUGUGUGUCCUCAGUCGAGUGGUGAGUGUGUGUGUGAGGGGGAGGUGUGUGUCCUCAGUCAAGUGGUGAGUGUGAGGGGGAGGUGUGUGUCCUCAGUCGAGUGUUGAGUGUGUGUGUGUGAGGGGGAGGUGUGUGUCCUCAGUCGAGUGGCGAGUCAGCUAACAUGUGACAUGUGACAAGGUUGUGAUAGGGAGAGAGGAAGGAAGGAGGGACAGGGUCUAGAAGCAGGGGGAGAUGGGAAUGUCAGCCUCGUGGUCCUGUUGUUGACAUGACAUCCCCAGGAUACUCCUGUCUGUCUGACGUCUGUUGGCGGUUUGAGACUGGGGGCUGGAGGUGGGGCUGGGGGAUCUCUCUGGGAAAAGGUCUCCUGGAGCACUCUGGCUUCGUCCCAAAUGGCACCCUAUUCCCUAUUUGGUGCACAACUUUUUACCAGAGCCCCCAUAGGGAAUAGGGUGCCAUUUGGGAUGUAGCAUGUGACCCCUGGGGGUCAGAGGACAGCUCCCAUAAUUCACAGUUAGGGAACAGCUGACAGGGCAGGGGGUGGCAGGAAGGGGCACGCUUCCUUGGGUAAUGAGAGAUGGUAUGGGGGAGAAUGGCACCAGAAUCAUUGGCUGUGUAGACCGUUUUUAAUCAUUUUCCAGGAUAAGUCAUUAGAAUAUAGUUUUUAUUAAUCUUGUCACCAAAACAGUGUUUAUAGUGUGUAUACUGUAAAUCCCCACAGGACAACAGUCAGUGAGUGAAGUAGCUUCUAUAACUUAUUGUUGUUGAUAAGAGUGUUGAUGUCUGUCUGACCCAUUGAUCCUCUCAGCCCAUACCUCAGCUGGCCCCCACUCCUACCCCUACCCCACCACCCCCGGCUCAGCACGGCUAUUUCUAGUCAGGACUAAGAGAAGUUGGUUCCCUUCCUCACAUAAACAAACUGACAGGUGCUAAUCACCACACACUUUGCUGGGCUGACUGCCCUCACUCACUUAGUCACUCACUCACUCACUGAUGGGUGUUUCUCUCCUCUUCCUCCCCAGCCUCUGUACGGUCUUCUCCAAGCUAAACUACAGCUCAUCACACACGCCUACUUUGAGGAGAAAGACUUCUCACAGAUAUCCAUAUUGAAAGUGAGUGUUUUCAGAGCAUUGAAUCACAAAGGCCUGAAUCCCUUUCUUCUUUGAUUUGUGACCUUUUGUGUUUAUGAAACAUUGAACUUAGAACCUUGUCUUACCUGUUCACUCUCUCUGACUCUCUUUCUAUCUCUUUCUCUUUCUUUCUCUCCCUCCAUCUGUAGGAAUUGUAUGAACACAUGAACGGUUCUCUGAGAGGAACGGCUCUGAAGGGAUCACACAUGUUUCUGGGUAAAACAUUUCUGCUAUUCUAUCUGGAUCCAACACAAGAGGUCCAUUCCAAAUGACACCUGAUUCCCUAUUUAGCUUGCCAUUUGGGACACAGGCCAGGGCUCUGGGGCAUGUUAGUCUCACACUAGCAAUCUGCUCUUACUAGAAUGGCUGCUGUUGAAUGAUCCUGUGUCUAUGGUGUCUGUCCUAGAGUAGCCAUAGAAAUCUGUCAGUCAGGUGUGUCAUUGUGGCACUUGUUAUGGUGUUCAAAUCAGCUUACAGAAACAGGACUAUCCUCUUCAGGGAUGUCUUCGGUCUUCUUUUUGUUGGACUUGUGACAUUGAGUAAUGUGGUGUGCGUCCCAAAUGGCACCCUAUUCCCUAUAUAGUGCACUACUUUUGACCAGGGCCCAUAGAGCUCUGGUAAAAAAAUAAAUAACACUAUAUAUGGAAUAGGGUGGCAUUUGGGAUGCAAUUUCACACGUAUGAUAGAAAUGUCCUCCUUUAGGCAAAUAUCACAUUCUUGAUAUGCAAAUCUUCUCCCGACAGGUAUGUCACCAAGAGAUUUAAUACUGCACUUUCGACACAAGGUAAAUUAAUGUGUUUUAAGGCAAUCAAAUGGCUUGUAAACAUCUAGACUGCCUACCAAAUGGCAUUCUAUUCCCUGUGUAGUGCACUACUUUUGACCAGAGUGCCUUGACCAGAGCUCUAUGUGCCCUGGUCAAAAGGAGUGCCCUAUAAAAGGAAUAUAGUGUCCCCCUGGAAACAUCCUCCAAGAUCGUAGUUAGUUGUUGUGGUGCUAUUGACAUGCUUCCUUAACUCUGCCGUCUCUCAUUCACCCUUUUAGGUUCUUAUCCUCUUCAAACUGAUUCUGCUGGAGAAGAAGGUGAGGAUUUCAAUUCUAUAAAAAAAUAAUCACCACAAUGGGCAAUUUACUUUGGGCAUGUGAGUCAUCAACAACAUGAGAGCAUACCAUAAAUGACACCACACACAGUGACUUCAUAACAAGAUAGCACAACAUCAGUAAUCAUCAUCAUACCACAAGACAUUACUGGCAUAUCACCCUCUAGGGGUUCGUAGUCAGAAUACAUGGCCUUACUGUCUGUGUGUGUGUGUGUGUGUGUGUGUGUGUGUGUGUGUGUUUGUGUUUCCUCUUCCAGGUCCUGUUCUACGUAUCUCCAGUCAACAGACUCGUAGAAACUCUGAUGACAGUACUGUCACUGUUCCCAGGUGAGCACCAGCAUAGAGGUCCUAUCAUUAUGAUUCUACUCAUGCCCCCUUAGUUUUUCCUCUUGAGUGUUUGAUUCUUCUUCAUAAUGGUGGUUCUAAGGUCAAAGAUCAUCUUGUGUGUUCAUUCCUCUAGGUAUGAUAGAGCACGGCCUGGCCGACUCGUCCCACUACCAGUCCAAGAGCAGUGUCUCAGAGGACAUCAGCCUGCUGGAGUGUGUGUCGGGGGCUGAGGAGUUUGUCUCUGUCUCUGUCACUGACAUCACCAACGCUACCAUGGAGCUGGUAGGGGAGGAGGGUUUCGGUGAGGACCAGACUACCACCACAUCCACGGAGGCCUCAAUGCGGACAGCCUCACUCCCAGACACCUCCACCCCAGCUGGGGAUAGCACAAACCUCAAGCCCCCCUCCCGUACCUCCCCAGACUCAUCAGAGAGCGACUGGGAGACACUGGACCCUAGCGUGCUGGAGGACGUUCCAAAAGACUCAGAGACAGGGGGUUUAGGUUUGGGGGGUUUAGGGGUGGAGCACCCAGAGACGUUUGACCCAGAGCCAGGUAUCCCCAUCACAGUUCAGCCCCAGGGACAGUCAGCAGGGCCAGGGGGGCAGGUGACUGUCACUCAGGGCCUAGUCUCUGGGCUGGAGGAGGACCAGUACGGACUGCCACUAGCCAUCUUCACCAAGGUAUGUUUUUUAGGGUAUGUUGAUGUUUUAUUGAUCGAUGGAUGAGAAUAUGAAAUGGGGAGAUGGAUGAAAGGAAUAAAACACAGAAAGUGAGUGGCGGGAAGAGGGGAUCGAACCACUGCCUCCAGGGUCAUAUCCAGGGUCUGUCAACCACCACAUUCUUAUUGGCAGACUAAAUAGCCUUGGUUUCUCAAAUGACUGCCUCUCCUGGUUCACCAACUACUUCUCAGAUAGAGUUCAAUGUGUCAAAUCGGAGGGCCUGUUGUCUGGACCUAUGGCAGUCUCUAUGGGGGUGCCACAGGGUUCAAUUCUUGGGCAGACUCUUUUCUCUGUGUAUAUCAAUGAUGUCGCUCUUGCUGCUGGUGACUCUCAGAUCCACCUCUAUGCAGACGACACCAUUUUGUAUACAUCUGGCCCUUCAUUGGACACUGUGUUAACAAACCUCUAAACGAGCUUCAAUGCCAUACAACACUCCUUCCGUAGCCUCCAACUGCUCUUAAACACUAGUAAAACUAAAUGCAUGCUCUUCAAUCGAACGCUGCUGGCACCCACCCACCCGACUAGAAUCACUACUCUCGACGGGUCUGACCUAGAGUAUGUGGACAACUACAAAUACCUAGGUGUCUGGUUAGACUGUAAACUCUCAUUCCAGACUCACAUUAAGCAUCUCCAAUCCAAAGUGAAAUCUAGAAUCGGCUUCCUAUUUCGCAACAAAGCCUCCUUCACUCAUGCUGCCAAACAUGCCCUCGUAAAACGGACUAUCCUACCGAUCCUUGACUUUGGCGAUGUCAUUUACAAAAUAGCCUCCAACACUCUACUCAGCAAAUUGGAUGUAGUCUAUCACAGUGCCAUCCGUUUUGUCACCAAAGCCCCAUAUACUACCCACCACUGUGACCUGUACGCUCUUGUUGGCUGGUCCUCACUACAUAUUCGUCGCCAAACCCACUGGCUCCAGGCCAUCUAUAAAUCACUGCUAGGCAAAUCUCCGCCUUAUCUUAGCUCAUUGGUCACCAUAGCAACACCCACCCGUAGUCUGCGCUCCAGCAGGUAUAUCUCACUGGUCAUCCCCAAAGCCAACACCUCCUUUGGCCGCCAUUCCUUCCUGUUCUCUGCUGCCAAUGACUGGAACGAACUGCAAAAAUCUAUGAAGCUGGAGACUCUUAUCUCCCUCACUAACUUUAAGCAUCAGUUGUCAGAGCACCUUACCGAUCACUGCACCUGUACACAGCCCUUCUGAAAUUAGCCCACUCAACUACCUUAUCCCCAUAUUGUUAUUUAUUUUGCUGAUUUGCACCCCAGUAUCUCUAUUUGCACAUCAUCUCUUGCACAUCUAUCAUUCCAGUGUUAAUACUAAUUGUAAUUAUUUUGCACUAUGGCCUAUUUAUUGCCUUACCUCCAUAACUUGCUACAUUUGCACACACUGUAUAUAGAUUUUCUGUGGUAUUUUUGACUUUGUUUUGUUUUACCCCAUAUGUAACUUUGUGUUGUUGUUUUUAUCGCACUGCUUUGCUUUAUCUUGGCCAGGUCGCAGUUGUAAAUGAACUGGCUUACCUGGUUAAAUAAAGGUUAAAUAAAUAAAAAUAUAUAAAAACAUAUGUGGAGCAGGGGCGGCAACACUAUGAUUAGACUAGCCUCUCACCAUCUUCACGAAGGUACUUCAGUUCAAAUUCAAAAAGCUUUAUUGUCCAGCGUCAACUUAACAUAAGAUUUAAAAAAUGGAAGUACCUCUCACCAGAGCCAUAGAUAGUUUUUCCUUUUCGAUCACAAUGAAUAAGAUUACAUAGACAGAGAGGACCUGAUCCUAGAUCAGCGCUCCUACUCUGAGACACUUGAUACGUACAGCCACAGAUCAAGACUAAAAUAUCCACGCACUCUAACCUCUAUGCCUGUGGUUGCCAGGGUUACCUGUGCCUGCCCUACAUGGCCUUGCAGCAGCACCACCUGCUGUCAGACGUGACGGUGCGCGGCUUUGUCGCUGGGGCAACCAACAUUCUCUUCCGUCAGCAGAGGCACCUGAGUGACGCUAUCGUUGACGUGAGUCCUGCUCUCCAUCUCUUCUCCCACAUCUCCAUCUCUCUCCUUCUCUUCUCCCUCCAUCUCCAUCUCUCUCUCCUUCUCUUCUCCCUCCAUCUCCAUCUCUCUCUUCAUCUCUUCUCCCUCCAUCUCCUUCUCUUCUCCCUCCAUCUCCAUCUCAUCUCCUUCUCUUCUCCCUCCAUCUCAUCUCCUUCUCUUCUCCCUCCAUCUCCAUCUCAUCUCCUUCUCUUCUCCCUCCAUCUCCUUCUCUUCUCCCUCCAUCUCCAUCUCAUCUCCUUCCUCUUCUCCCUCCAUCUCUCUCUCCUUCUCUUCUCCCUCCAUCUCCAUCUCUCUCUUCAUCUCUUCUCCCUCCAUCUCCAUCUCUUCUCCCUCCAUCUCCAUCUCUCUCUUCAUCUCAUCUCCAUCUCCUCUCCAUCUCUUCUUCCUCCAUCUCUCCUCUCUCCAUCCCUCUCCCUCUCCCAUAGGUCCAGUGGUCUCAAAUGUGUACUGACAGUCUGCUACUCUUAGAGGAGAAUUAGUGGAGAGCUUAGGAGAACAUUGGUCUGUUUUUAACCGGUUCUCUCUGAUUCUAGGUUACAGAUAGUGAUCUUGUCCUUCUCUAUUUUCUAUAGUUCUAUGCUGUUUUCAUAAUGAGUGUUUAAGUCUCCCACGUGUAUGCUGCCUAUCAGAUUUGACCUCUUUUUUCCAGGUAUCAUAAGUUACUGAGUGCUUUGUCUGCUGUGUUUGUGGGUCCGUACGUGUGACCAUAUCUGUGUGUGUGUCUGUCUAUCCGUGUGUGUGUGACUGUCUAUCCGUGUGUGUGUGUGUGUGUGUGUGUGUGACUGUCUAUCCGUGUGUGUGACUGUCUAUCCGUGUGUGUGUGACUGUCUAUCCGUGUGUGUGUGACUGUCUAUCCGUGUGUGUGUGUGUGUGUGUGUGACUGUCUAUCCGUGUGUGUGACUGUCUAUCCGUGUGUGUGUGGGUGUGUGUGUGUGACUGUCUAUCCGUCCGUCCAUCCUACUAGGUGGAGGAGGCUAAGAUCCAGAUUGGGGACCCAGAGUUGAGGAAGCUGCUAGGCCUGACCACGGCUGACCUGCGUUUCGCUGACUACCUGGUCAAACACGUCACGGAGAACCGCGAGGACGUGUUUCUGGACGGGACAGGCUGGGAGGGAGGGGACGAGUGGAUCAGGGCCCAGUUUGGACUUUACGUCCAUUCUCUCCUGUCCUCUACCUUACAAGAA